AUGGUGUUAGCUGAUCUUGGUCGGAAAAUCCGAAAUGCCAUCGGAAAGCUCGGGCAAGCCACCAUUAUCAAUGAGGAAGAGCUCGAUGCUAUGCUCAAGGAGGUUUGCAUGGCACUCAUCGAGUCGGACGUUCACAUCAGACUAGUAAAGCAGCUGAAAGACAAUGUCAAAAAAGCUAUCAAUUUUGAAGAGAUGGUUGGCGGAGUAAAUAAGCGACGGCUUAUCCAGAAAACCGUGUUUAACGAACUGCUCAAGCUCGUGGAUCCAGGAGUUACAGCCUAUCAACCGAAGAAAGGACAGCCGAAUGUGAUCAUAUGGCAUACUUUUAUCAAAGAAAAGGCUGGAAAACUUGUUUGA